GGAAACACAUAUAUGAUUGAUGGACGAAGUAAUUUAUAUUAAUUUCAGUGAAUGAAUAUUUUUUUUAGUUAAAAAACAAUUUUAUUUAAUUUCAAUUUAAGAAGAAAAAAAGGUCCCAUUGAGCCCAUUCCCAACAAUAUAUCCAUCAAAUACUCAUCACUGUUCAGUUUUUCUAGAAACGUCUUUUCUUAUUUUCCGAUCAAGCGUUCGCUCUCGCUUUCUCUGCAGAAAUGGAGUUUUGGGGUGUUGAGGUAAAACGUGGAGAAUCGCUCAAGGUUGAUCCAGGAGAUGACAAGCUUGUCCACCUUUCAACGGCAUGUCUUGGGGAUGUCCGCAAGGAUAAAGGUAGUGAACCAGUAUCCCUGUAUGUGAAGAUCGGUGACCAGAAGCUUGUUCUUGGAACACUUUCUUCAGAAAAAUUUCCUCAGAUAUCUUAUGAUUUGAUAUUUGAGAAGGAAUUUGAGCUAUCACAUAACUGGAAAUUUGGGAGUGUCUUCUUUACUGGAUUUAAAGUAGAAUCUGAGCUGGUUUCUGAUGACGAUGAAGAUUCUGAUAAUUUUGAUGGUGAAGAUAUUCCAAUUAAUGCUGCCAAUGGGAAACCUGAGAACGGGUUGAAGAGUGGUGCCAAACCUGAUGUAAUCGAAGCUAAUGAAAAGAAGACAUCAGAUCCAAAACAGAAUGAGAAUGGUGCUAGUGGUAAAGAUGAAGAGUCAUCUGAAUUUGACACUGACGAGGAUUCCAGUGAAGACGAGCCCAUGGCAAAUGGUCUGAUAGAAAGUAGUGAAGAUGACGACGAUAGCGACGAGGAUGAUGAAGAGGAUGAUGAUGAGGAAACACCGAAGAAGAUUGAAGGGAGCAAUAAGAGGGUUUUUGAUUCUUCCAAGAAAACACCUGUACCUGUGAAGAGGGCAAAAUUUGUUACUCCUGAGAAGACUGGUGUGAAGAAUGGUGGCCAUGUUGAUACUCCACACCCUUCUAAGCACGCUAGUAAAGCAGCUGCAAACAAUAAUAAGCAGCCAGUGAAGCAGCAGACUCCAAAGUCAAAUGGGGAUUACAGCUGCAAGCCCUGCAACAGGUCAUUUAAGACCGAAGAUGCCUUAGGUUCUCAUAAUAAGGCCAAGCACAGUGCCAAGUGAAGGGUUUGUUAGCUUUAUGACUAAACAGUGAGCAUCUUGAUGUUGUUUUGGAUGUUGGGUGACUAAAAAAAUAGUUUGAUUUAGAAAAGCAAUCUGAUGUUUUUGAUGUUAAGAGUAUUGUUAAACUUGGAUUAUCGAAUUGAAAGAGGAUCCUUUGGGUUUAUGGCCUCGUCUACCUAUCCAGUCACCAUGUAUUGGUAGGAACAUGAUUGGGUGUUUGAGAUAUAGUAGGACUUGUUUGGUUUCCUAAAAAAAUUCAUCUUUCCGUUUUCUAUUUUCA